UCCCAUCUUAACUAGUUUUCAUAACACAAAUAAAUCAAAGGAGGAAAAAUAGUUCAAUAGAGUAAGAGGAAGAACAAGAUGGCUUCAGAUGAAUGCAAAGGGAAAAGUUCUUGGCCUGAGCUUGUGGGGAAGAAAGGGGAGGAUGCGGCAGCAAGAAUUGAGAAGGAGAAUCCUCAUGUCAAUGCUGUGAUUGUGUUGGAAGGAUCAUUUGUUACAGCGGAUUUCUUGUGCACUAGGGUUCGAGUUUGGGUUAACACCUAUGGGAUUGUUACCAGGGUUCCUAUCAUUGGUUAAAUUGUGAAGGGCUUAUGCUUUACUAGCAAGUUACUUGUUUUAAUUUCUUUAAUAGACACGAAUUACGUAUUGUAAUUUAAAAUAAGAAUACCCAAUAUUAUGUUACAUAAUCUCAUUAUCUUUAUUUAAGUCUGUAAUUUAUUUUUAGUUUGGAAUAAGAUUUUGAACCGUCUCCAUUAAGGCUUCUUUGUA